AGAACAGUCUGUGCGGCAUCCAAGUGCCUACGUGUGUUUAGUGCACGGAUUAUCACAACACUUCUUUAGUUAUUCUUAUUCCAUUUUACAUAUUUUUUGGAAAUUCUGAAGGCAAUACCGCAAAUACCUACAUAACUUCGUAAAUAUAUUUAGAAAGAUGAGUGUUUGUUUGAAUCCUAAAUUGUAGUGGCAUAAUUCUAUACCCAGUUUGAUACUUAUUGCAAAAAAAUAUUAGGUGAAUAUAAUGAAGUUUGAGUUGCCGGAUUUGUCUCGAUGUUGUUUCUGUUUGCCGCUGCGGAAGGGGGUGAUUGGGUUUGGAUAUGCCAACUUUAUAUACUCAGCCUUCAUGGUAGGCGUCUACAGCUACUGGCUACACUCGGGUGCGGGGGGCGUGCUGGUGGUGUACCACGGCGCGGCGGCGUGGGGCGCGGCGGGCGAGGCGUGCGUGGUUGUCUAUGUGAUGGAGAUGCUGUUUAAUGUGCUGCUGCUGUAUGGCGCUCAUAAGCAAAUCCCCAGCUACCUGCGGGUGUUCCAGUACUUCGGCUGGGGCUCGCUGGCUGCGGCGGCGCUGCUGCUGCUGCUGCAGCUGGUCACCUCCACCGACAGGUACCGAGGAGUUGGAGUGGAUGUGGAGCUCAUGGCGGUCGCUUUUGCGGGAUUCACCAUACAACUCUACCUACUCUGCCUGGUGAGAAGCCUCAUCAGGAAGCUGGCGGAAGAAGCGACUCCGCACCAGUACGAGAACCAGCUGCACUCCAUCACGGCCGCAGACCUGAAGAUCGACAGGACCCUGGACGAAGGGCCGGCCAGACCUGUCGUGUACUAGAUAUGAGCAAACUUGGAC